GAUAAACUUGGAUGAUUUCCAGUUUUGACUAAUUUUGACACAUGCAAGAGUUAAAUCCACUUCAACACUGAAUCCAUCUCUGCACUUCUCUCUUGAUUAAUCGCACUUCGAUUCAUCAAAGAAUCACUUCCAUGGCAUUCAAUCGCGGGUCUAUCUUCCUCCGCCGCGCCGUCGGCAGUGCCAGCCUCCUCCGCGGAAACAGAUAUUCCCCGACGGCACUCGCCUUCCCCGCUUGUUCUCCCUCCCUUUCUACUCCAACCGAUCACAUUGAGGGUGAUUGCAGCAAGAAAACGUUUAGCUCCGAUUCCGCAUCAGCGUAUCAUCUGCAGGGCGGCCCGUCCCACAUGCGCGCGGCCGUGUUUUGGGAACCAAAUAAGCCUUUGACUUUGGAAGAUUUCCACAUACCCCGCCCUAAAGCCAACGAAGUUCUCAUCAAAACCAAAGCGUGUGGAGUCUGCCACUCUGACCUGCAUGUAAUCAAAGGUGAACUUCCUUUCGCAAGUCCUUGUGUUGUGGGGCAUGAGAUAACUGGUGAGGUGGUUGAGCAUGGGCCACUCACUGACAGUAAAAUCGUCGAAAGAUUUCCUGUGGGAGCUCAAGUUGUUGGAGCUUUUAUCAUGCCCUGUGGUAGCUGUGGCUUCUGUUCAAAGGGUCAAGAUGACCUAUGUGAGGCUUUCUUCGCUUACAACCGAGCUAAAGGAACCCUUUAUGAUGGUGAAACACGACUGUUUUUCCGCAGCAGUGGGAAACCAGCAUAUAUGUAUAGCAUGGGAGGUCUAGCGGAAUACUGUGUGAUGCCAGCUCAUGGAUUGGCUGUUCUACCUAAUUCGUUACCUUAUACAGAAUCUGCAAUUUUAGGAUGCGCGGUGUUCACUGCUUAUGGGGCUAUGGCUCAUGCUGCUCAAGUGCGCCCUGGUGAUGCCAUUGCCAUCAUUGGCAUAGGCGGUGUUGGCUCAAGCUGUCUGCAGAUAGCACGAGCAUUUGGAGCUUCAGAGAUUAUUGCAGUUGAUGUCCAAGAUGAGAAACUACAGAAAGCUAAAGCACUUGGAGCUACUCACACAAUAAAUUCACGGAAUGAAGAUGCAGUAAAGAAAAUAAAGGAAAUUACAGGAGGAAUGGGAGUAGAUAUUGCUGUUGAAGCCCUGGGUAGAACUCAGACAUUUGGGCAAUGUGUACAAAGUGUUCGAGAUGGAGGAAAAGCUGUAAUGAUUGGGCUAACACUCUCUGGCGCUAAAGGGGAGGUGGAUAUUAACCAUUUGGUCCGAAGACAGAUAAAAGUAAUCGGAUCAUAUGGAGCCAGAGCAAGACAAGACCUUCCGAAGUUGAUUAAACUUGCAGAAAGUGGAAUUUUCAAUCUCAGGGCAGCUGUCUCAAGGAAAUGCAAAUUUGAAGAGGCGGCGGAGGCUUACAAAGAUCUUGAUAAGGGAAAUAUCACAGGGCGUGCUGUUGUUGAGAUCAUGUAAUAAUCGUGCAGUGAUGGGUGCAACGUAACAAUGAUACUCCUUUUACUUUUGGAUUUUUUUUUUAAAUUGUUGUGAACUUGUUUUUCUCCAGAAGAAUACUCCGUAAUUAAUGCCCUCAAUGCAUGAUUUUUGAGUGAAAUAAAUUAUAAGAAAAUUUUUGAGUGACCUCCAA